AUGUCGCCAUUAUCAGUGAGACCAAAAUGCCAUAUCCAUGGGCCCUGUAGUAGUGGAACUUUCCUAGAUGUAGAAUUUGACGAUGCUCUCUGUUUUGCUAGUGAUUUUUGGCCACCAUCUGCCCUAGCAUGGAUCAAUAGAUGUCAAUCGUGGCCAAGUCCUCACAUAGUUGAUGAUAUUGUCAGGAAUGGGUGUCACUUUGCAGCAAUAGGGCACAAGCUAGGAAAUCAUGAGGAAAAUGAAUGGAGAAUUUUGUUCUCUCUUGCAGAGCAAAAGCUUGUAUACACAAUGAACCACAUUCAGUUUCUUACGUAUGGUUUACUCAAGCUAAUUCUAAAAGAAGUCAUCAAGGAAAGGAUAGAAGAAAGUUUACUUUGCUCUUAUCACAUGAAAACAGCUGUAUUUUGGGCUCUUCAGCAAAAUUCAAUACCUCAUUGGUAUCCACAGAAUUUUUUGGAAUGUUUCUGGGUCUGCUUUAAACUCCUUCUUAAAUGGGUGUAUGAAGGCGUAUGCCCUAACUUUUUCAUCCCAGAAAACAACAUGUUUUUAACAAACAUAUUCGGUGAAUCUCAGAGGAAGUUAUUCCUGGAGUUACACGGACUGUAUGAGAAAGGUAUAGCAUUACUACUACACAGUCAAUCCAUCAGAUCAAUAAUUAUAAUUGGUCUCUGUAAUCCUGGACUAUGCAUGUAUAAUUCUGAGGACGAUGAAGAAAUUGUGUUCAAUUUGAAUCUAUUUAUAGAACUAAGAUCAAAUAAUCCUAUGUUUAUACCAACUCUGAACAGCUGGUUUGAGUUCCCAAAAAUAAUGGAAACUUUGAUGAAUGAAGAACCUACAAACUAUCAAGUUCUGGGGCAAUGUGACGAGCAUCUUGCAGAAGUAGCCUUAAAUGAUUUACAGAUCUAUGUUAAGCACGGACCAAUUCAUCCAUUUCUAAAGAUAUAUGUUGGCAGAUCUGAGGAAUUUGUCAGCAGCUCAAGGGAGACCUUCCCAAAAACAGCCCUGUAUUCAUAUCUACAAUCACUUAGACAGUAUCCCCUCAACGAGCUAGAAAACGUUACGCUGAGAAAAAUACAUGAUAUUUUGUGA